CAGCUGCUCCUCCCUUUGCUGUGUGGGGGACUGGGCACCCAGAGGGCACGGAUACUUUCAUCCUUAACUAGGUCAUGCCCGCGAGAGCCAGGGAAGGGCUGUGUGUACGGAAAACUACAAAUACUGUGGGUGAGUGUCCCCUCCCUGGUGCCAUCUACAUUUUUUGGGCGUGGACAUUGUGAGGUGGAGCCAAACCUCAGAGGUCCUGAAAUAGUCACCAUGGGAGAGAAUGACCCACCUGCCACGGAAGCCCCCUUCUCCUUCAGAUCACUUUUUGGACUUGACGAUUUGAAAAUAAGUCCUGUUGCACCAGACGCGGAUGCAGUUGCGGCACAGAUACUGUCCCUGCUCCCACUGAAGUUCUUUCCCAUCAUUGUCAUUGGGAUCAUUGCCUUGAUAUUAGCACUGGCCAUCGGUCUAGGCAUCCACUUCGAUUGUUCUGGAAAGUACAGGUGUCGCUCAUCUUUUAAGUGUAUUGACCUGACGGCUCGAUGUGACGGGGUCUCAGACUGCAGAGACGGGGAGGAUGAGUACCGGUGUGUCCGCGUGAGCGGCCAGAACGCAGUGCUCCAGGUGUUCACAGCUGCGGCGUGGAGAACCGUGUGCUCUGACGAUUGGAGAGGCCUCCAUGCUAACGUCGCCUGCGCCCAGCUGGGGUUUCCAAGCUACGUGAGUUCAGACACCCUCAGGGUGGACUUGCUCGAGGAGCAGCUCCAGGAGGACUUUGCGUCCAUCAAUCACCUCUUGCCCGAUGACAAAGUGAGCGCUCUGCACCACUCCGUGUAUGUGAGGGAGGGGUGUGCCUCGGGUCGUGUGGUUACCUUGAAGUGUGCAGUGUGUGGUCUGAGAAUGGGCUACAGCUCACGCAUCGUGGGUGGAAAUGUGUCCUCGCUCAUGCAGUGGCCGUGGCAGGCCAGCCUUCAGUUCCAGGGCUAUCACCUGUGCGGGGGCUCUGUCAUUACCCCCGUGUGGAUUGUCACUGCCGCGCACUGCGUCUAUGACCUGUACCUCCCCAAGUCCUGGACAAUCCAGGUGGGGCUGGUUUCCCUGUUGGACAGUCCAGCCCCUUCCCAUCUGGUGGAAAAAAUCAUCUACCACAGCAAGUACAAACCCAAGAGGCUGGGCAACGACAUCGCCCUCAUGAAGCUGGCCGGGCCACUCACCUUCAGCGAGAUGAUCCAGCCCGUCUGCCUGCCCAACUCCGAAGAAAACUUUCCUGAUGGAAAAAUGUGCUGGACGUCAGGAUGGGGGGCCACAGAGGAUGGAGGCGAUGGCUCCCCGGUCCUCAGCCACGCAGCUGUGCCUUUAAUCUCCAACAAGAUCUGCAACCACCGCGAUGUGUACGGUGGCAUCAUCUCUCCCUCCAUGCUCUGCGCCGGCUACUUGAAGGGCGGAGUGGACAGCUGUCAGGGAGACAGCGGAGGGCCGCUGGUGUGUCAGGAAAGGAGAGAGUGGAAGUUGGUGGGCGCAACGAGCUUUGGCAUCGGCUGUGCCGACGUGAACAAGCCCGGGGUCUACACGCGCAUCACCUCCUUCCUGGACUGGAUUCACGAGCAGAUGGAGAGGGACCUGAAAACCUGAACAGAAGGGGACAGGUGGCCACCU